ACCUCAACAAUAUAUCAUGUAUAUAUCCAAAUAAAAAGUUUAUAUGAAUGAAUAUCCAAAUAAGAUGUUUACGAACAACAAGAAUCUUGACUUGUAACCAAAAAAAACAAGAAUCUUGACAAAAAAGCUUAGCAAUAACAAAUUUUCUUUUUCCCGAAGAAAAAGAAUAUUUACCAAAAAGAAACCGGAUGACUUCAAAUUAACUUAUCCUAACCUCAAUAAUAAUCAAAGUAAUUUCAUCCUAAUCUUAUUAUAAUCACUCUUUUCCUAUAUAAGUACUUCACCUAAUCACUCACCUCAACUAUCUCUUCUUUCUCACUCUGCAAUUCAAAUCACUCUCUCUCUUUUCUCUCAAACCAAACCAAACCAAUGGCCUCAAACACUUCCCUCCUCCCCGCCACCGGCGAAGGUCUAAUCGUCAGUUUCGGCGAGAUGCUAAUCGACUUCGUCCCCACCGUCUCCGGCGUCUCCCUCGCCGAAGCUCCCGGUUUCCUGAAAGCACCCGGUGGCGCUCCAGCUAACGUCGCGAUCGCCGUUUCACGACUCGGCGGUAAAUCAGCCUUCGUCGGAAAACUCGGCGAUGAUGAAUUCGGUCACAUGCUCGCCGGGAUCUUGAAAGAGAACAACGUUAGAGCCGAUGGUAUAAACUUCGAUAAAGGCGCUCGUACUGCACUCGCUUUCGUCACCUUACGCGCUGAUGGAGAGCGUGAGUUCAUGUUUUACAGAAAUCCUAGUGCUGAUAUGCUUCUUACACCUGAAGAUCUCAAUCUUGAACUCAUCAGAUCUGCAAAAGUAUUCCAUUAUGGAUCAAUAAGCUUGAUCGUGGAGCCAUGCAGAUCCGCACAUCUGAAGGCAAUGGAAGUUGCAAAGGAUGCAGGGUGCUUACUCUCUUAUGAUCCUAACCUCCGGCUACCUUUGUGGCCCUCACCAGAGGAAGCCCGUAAGCAAAUACUCAGUAUAUGGGACAAGGCUGAUUUGAUCAAGGUCAGUGAUGUGGAGCUGGAAUUUCUAACAGGGAGUGAUAAAAUUGAUGAUGAGUCUGCUCUCUCCUUGUGGCACCCUAAUUUGAAGUUGCUUCUUGUCACUCUUGGAGAAAAUGGUUCCAGAUACUAUACCAAGAAUUUCAAAGGAUCAGUAGAUGCUUUCCAUGUCAACGCUGUUGACACAACCGGUGCCGGUGAUUCCUUUGUUGGAGCUCUGUUGGGCAAGAUUGUAGAUGAUCAAUCUAUACUUGAAGAUGAAGCAAAGUUAAGGGAAGUGCUCAAAUUUGCAAAUGCAUGUGGAGCAAUUACAACUACUAAAAAGGGUGCAAUUCCAGCUCUUCCCACAGAAGCUGAUGUCCUCAGCCUUAUCAAAGAUGCAUAGAAAUUUAGUACAAAUAUCAUUUUGUUUUCUUCUUUAUAUAUUUUUGUUCAACUUUACAAUUUUCUGCUGGAGUUUUUUACUAUCAAUUUAAGAUGGGUUUUAUCUUUUGGAA